AAGCAGCACCCCAGGGCUCCAAACCCUGAACCCAUCCCAAGCAAGCAGCAAUCUUCUCUCCGAGUCAGUCAGUGGACAAGCCACUCUCCGAGAGCGAGGUAGAAGCAGACGGCGAUGGCGGCGGUGUCCAAGGCCUCGGCGGCGGCCCUGCUGGUGGCGGCGGUGGCCGUGCUCCUCGCCGCGUCGGCGUCGGCGCAGACGACGCACGACAACUGCGCCAAGAACAAGAAGAUCACGGUGCAGAACCUGUGCGCGCACGACGUGGCGCUCACGCUGGAGCCGCUGGCCAACAGCCCGCACCUCUUCAACGGCGCGCCGACGUACACGCUGCGCCCGCACAGCCACGCCGAGUUCCCGGUCUGCUGGUGGACGGGGCGGCUCAAGGCGCCCGGCGCGCCCACCGCCGAGUUCCACGUCGGCAUCGACGGCGGCUCCUUCUACCUCGCCGCCAACACCCGCCAGCCCGGCCUCGGCGUGCCCGUCAUCGUGUCCCCGCACGGCUCGCCGCUGCAGGGGGAGUGCCCCGCCGUCGGGUGCCCCGUCCAGGGGCCCUGCUCCGCAUCGCAGGUGCCCAGCGGGAGGUGCCGCAACGUCCAGGAGAUCAAGGUCAUCUACUGCAGCCCGCACGUGUGAUGAUGUGACCGGCCGCUCGAGCUCGAAGAAGAAGGACGGCAAUGGUUGUUGAGUGCUGUUGCUGUCGGUGUCGUCGUCGUCGUCGUCGUGUUCGUUCGUUGGGAUCGGAUUAGCCGGCCGUUUGCUUUAAUUAGACUGGAUUAGUAGGAGUCGCCGCUGAUUGCUCAGCUCAGGUCGAUGUGAGCGAGCGAGCGAGCGCGACGCGUGCGUGUGUCAGAUCAUCAGAUGUGUCGUCGUGUGUUCGUCGGGAGCGACUCGUGUCUCUGCUCUGUGUGUUCGUGGAGCCAAUAAUAAUUAGUUUUAGUUAUGGAAA